AUGGCCUACGCUUAUCCAUCCGGUGAUCUGGGUGGAUCAUCCACUUCGCUCAAUGUUAGUUUACAUGGUGGAGGACAUGGGCUGGGUCAUGGAUUGAAGAGGUACGAGGCUGGAUUUGAUGUGCUGAGGGAGUUCAAGCAUAAGAUAUCAGAGGACGAACAUUACAUAUCCUUCUUCCAAGAUCGUAUACGAGUGGAGGAGCAGUACAUAGAGAAUCUCACGAGACUAUACGAUAGGAGUGUAGCUAUCGAUACCUUGCAUGAUGAACCUGGUCAUAACAGGAAGCAGAACAGAACGACUGCUCGCAAAGCAUGGCAAGAAGUCAGAGAUUACACGCAAAGAGAAAUACAGUCGAGAGAAGCUAUGGUUGGAGCGUUAAGAGAGGAUGUCAUGAAGGAACUUGUCAAGCUAAAGGAAGAACAAACUCGUAUAAGAGGGGUUCUGAAGGACAAUAUGAAGCUGGCCAAUGAGGCGUACGAUGAUCACGCGAGAUCCCAGUUGCCCAAAUUGAAGAAAUCAUAUUAUCAGAAAUGUCAGGCAUUAGAGGAUCAUAAACGUCAAGAACACGCUAUAGCGAUGCAAGCACGACUUCUUUCCACUCCCUCACCACCAUCCCCAGCCAAUACACCAUUACAUGAACAUCCAUUUGCUGUACCUGCAGGUCCAUCGUACACUUCUCCACCCAUUUCCACUCCCCCAUUACCUGCUAUGAGCAAUCCUGCGCUGCCUCAGCCCGAGGCCGUCCAUGCAGGUCGAGAAGAUAAAAAAGUCAAUCGUCUACGGGCUGGAUCAGCCUCUGGUGGAGAGAGUAAGGGUAAAGAUGUAUUGAAUGAUAUAGCGCAACAAAGUAAGAAAGGGUUUUCGGCGUUCAUGCAGAAACUAGGUGGCGACAAAGAUAAGGAUAAGGAUAAAGACAAAGAUGAUUAUAUCAUCGUUGGUGGAGGAGAUGGAGAUUUGGGUGGAAGUGGAAGUUUACAAAGACGAGGAACCGGAACGGGAGGACCCAACAACAGCAAUCAAAAAGCAUUAUCGGCGAUGAGAGCUGUCAAGGUGAAAAGGGACGCGGAUGAAGCAGAUAAAGCCUAUAGAACUGGUGUCUUCCACUUAGAAUCAUUGAGAUUGAGGAGGGAGAAACUUCACGCUUCCGCCAUGAACAGCUUGGAAACCUUCAAUGACGAAUUGAGCGAGAGGUUGAGAUAUGCUUUGGAAAGCUAUAUCGAUGCUAUGUAUGGUACGGCUGCUACCAAUGCUCAGGCUACGGAGGUUGCGAAAGAAGCUAUCGAGGGAAUCAAUCUCGAACAAGAUAUGAUGUUGUUCCGUACAAGACUUCGAUCACUUGUAUCACCACCCAUUGCACCAAUUCCAUACGAAAACUUUUACGUCGGACCAUGUAAAUCCCUUAUCUUCGGGGUAUCUUUGACGGACUACGAUUUCACAAGAGGCGAUUCAUCGGAUCAUGGUAGACCACCUAUCAUUCUGGAAAAAGCGAUAGCGGCGAUCGAUGAGCGAGGUCUGGGCCUUGAAGGGAUAUAUAGGGUUAGCGGCAGACAUGCUGGUGUGCAGAAGAUGAUACAGGGUAUUGAGCUUGAUGAAGAGAAGUUUGCCUUUGAUGAGAGGGAUGAUGUGGCUAGUAUCGGUAGUGUACUGAAGCAAUAUCUCAGAGAACUUCCCGAGCCGGUUUUCCCAUUGCCUCAUCCUGAAAGAGUGAAAUACACCGAAAGUAGGGAAGCUCAUAUCGAAAGCAAUUUCUCCUCCCUUCGAGCUCGAUUGAGGAGGCUACCGCCUAUUCAUCAGACUACCUUCCAAGCCAUGAUAGAACAUCUGGGCCGAGUCAACCAGAAGUCCUCAGCGAACAAGAUGGAUGCUAAGAAUCUCGCGGUCGUUUUCAACUCCGUUUUAUUCGGUCAAGAACAAACACCUACGGACACAACCUCUUUACUGCAACAUCAUCAGGGCAAGGAUACUGUCCUCGAAGACCUCAUCACUUUUUCAGAUUUGCUCUUCGGCGUCGAUUCCCCCGUGGUAGCACCAACAGCACUUCCGCCUGGACCCGCCCUAUCUCGAUCCGGCGUACUCUCUCACCAUCCCAUCGAUGAAGGACCUCAACCUGGCAGCUCUCGUACAAAGAUCAAGAUAUCGCAGCCUCCCGUGGAGUCCACUGAUGUCAAGACAUCCCCCAUAAUUUCCGAUAACAGCUCAGACGCUGCACCAACCACUAACGAGCCCGGUACAGCUAAGCCCCUGGCAGUGCCUCAGUUCGCAGAUCCUGAUCCAGUUGAAAUUGGUGUAUUUACUCCCGAUGAGAAACUCGAUUUGUUGUUCGAUCCAAAACAUAUACCUAAGAGUAUGAAAGAAGGUCUACCAGACAAUAUACAUAUCCGACCAUUGGCAUCAACGGAUCUCCUCCGAUCGCAUUUCCAGCUCUUGAACAGUCUAAGGGAAUCGCCAGCUUUAGCUCCAUCAGUGUAUUCCGCGAUUUUCCAGCAUCUCAAAGCGUGUCCUGGGACUUAUUACAUCUUGGUCAUGGUCAACAAGGAUAACGACCAACUAGUAGCAUCGGGAUCACUGAUCGUGGAAAGGAAACAUAUCAACAAUGGCGGUGCUUCAGGACAUUUGGAGGAUAUAGUGGUCUCUGAUACGAUGCAAGGUAAAGGAUUGGGACAGAGGCUGGUCGCCGGUCUUAGAGAUAUGGCUGUGGGACUGGGUUGUUAUAAAGUGAUUUUGGAUUGUAAGGAACCUAAGAUGCCUUUCUACGAGAAAUGCGGUUUCCACAAACGCAGUGCCGGUAUGGCAUACUACGUAGCAGAUCAUCAACCUCCCUUUACCUCUGAUCAGCCUACAAGUGUGUUAUCCCCUUCGAGCCAAAGCCAAGAAUCGUCUUCACCUUCCAAUUCCAUCAACCCUGCCCAACCUUUAGCAUUGACUACAGACCUACCACCUGGAUCACCUUCUUUGACAUCCGCUUCGUCCGGUACAGGCGUGACAUACUCUUAUCCUACCGCUGAAAAUACCGUGUUACCUGCAUGGGCUUCGGAGGGAUUAGGCUCGAGUCCGUUAGGCCCACCUAAUAGUGCUUCGCCAGCUUUACUGAGCUUACCUGGCAGUCAAGUUCAGUCGCCUAUCAACCGACAAGAGGAUGAUAAGACCCCAUUACCUCCUGGAGCGGCUCCUGCCAGUACGGAUGCGGAGCCGGAGAGGCUGCCUUAA